AUGGGGAGGUGCAGCCAAGAGCACAUUAACGUAGAAAGAGCACAGAGGGCCCUACUAAAGGUGAAAUGGCGAGUGGCUGGCGGGAUGGGCAUACCGUUCGCCGCUGCUGUUUUCUUCAUGCUGCCCCUCUUCACGUCUUCCACUGGAGAUAUACGACACCAUGGCACAUCAAGGGCUCGAGGAUGGCGGGGCAGUGCGCAGGCACCAGCAGACGUCACCGCCAACAACUCGGUGAGCAACGUCACUGCUCAACUAGGUGGAACAGCCUACCUUCAUUGUCUGGUGGGACACUUGAGCGAGAGAGGCCAAGUAUCGUGGAUUAGGAAACGAGAUUGGCACAUACUGAGCUCCGGGAAAUUCACGUACACCAAUGAUGAAAGGUUUCAGGUGCUUCACGGCGAAGGGUCAGAGGACUGGACCCUCCAAAUCAAGUUCGUUCAAAAAAGGGACAACGGGACGUACGAAUGUCAGGUUUCAACUCGUACCGGUAUUGUCUCACACUACGUGCGGCUACAAAUUGUCGUUCCCGAGGCAUUCAUCCUCGGCUCUGGCGAACACCACGUCGAUAUGGGCAGCGUCAUACAUCUCAUUUGUAUCGUGGAAAAGAGCCCAACACCACCCCAGUACGUCUUCUGGUAUCACAACGACCGAAUGAUAAACUACGACGCUACUCGUGGUGGCAUCACCGUGGAGACAGAGCCGGGAGCGCGCACGCAGUCCAGGCUGACAGUGAGGGGGGCGACCUUAAAGGACUCUGGGAAUUACACCUGCAGUGCAAGUAAUACGGAGCCAGCUUCGAUACAUGUCUUUGUGUCUGAAGGAAGCAACAAAAUGGCCGCUAUACUCCGUCGUAACACCAGCGCUAUUCACGGUAUAACGUCAAGCAUCACCUGUCUUCUCCUGUUUUGCUCAGUGAUGAUCCACUUUGGUCUCCGAUGA